ACACACACACACACACACACAGCGGGGGAUGCUCAGACGUUGUCACCGAGCCCGGGGGUGGGAUGCUGCCCUCGGGGACGGGAUCUGUGCCACGGAGCCGGGCCGACGGGGCCUCACGGAGACGUCGGGAGAGACGGGAGCUGACCCGGCCUGCGAUCCCUGGGCAAUUCACGCGGAUUCUGGUGGUGCCGACGGCGGUGGCGGCAGCAGCCUCACACCUCUAAAUGCCACAGUUCUCUAGAGGCCGGGGGCUGCGGGGUCCUCGGCCGCUCCCUAAGACCGGAAAGCCAUGGGAAACGCGGAGAGCCAGAGCCUAGAGCCGUCGGGGUCGGUCGGCGACAAGUCGGGGGGCAGCCUGGGCCGGAAGCACACGUCCCGCUCCCUGAGGCUCUCCGGCAAGGUCCGGCGCUCCCGGCACGCCUCCUCGGGCAAGCUGCCGGCCCGGGGCUCGGACGGCGGCCCCCGCUGCAGCAGCACGCCCAGCAUCCCCCAGGCCCUGGCCGAGAACGGACUCCAGCCCUUCGCCCCGGACGGCCCCACCUGGGUGGACAUGGGCCUGAGGCCCGUCUCCUACCACACCGACUCCUCCGUCACGCCCAGCGUGGACAGCAGCACGGCGCUCACGGCCGCCUCCACGCAGAGCAUGCCGGGUUCUGAGGAGGGCCGGCUGUCCGGCGACGAGGCCGCCUUCCUGGUGGGGCUGACCAGCGCCCGGCGCCCCUUCGCGCCUCGCGGGGGUGCCGCCGGCUUCAAGAAGAAGCGCUCCAAGUCGGCUGACAUCUGGCGGGAGGACAGCUUGGAGUUCUCGCUGUCCGACCUGAGCCAGGAACACUUCACCAGCAACGAGGAGAUCCUGGGCCCCCCGGGGCUGGCGGGGAUGGCGCCGGAGGCCGGGGGGGUGGACGGCCGGGAACCAAGGGGGCCGGCGGCGACGGAGGCCCCGACCCCCUCACCCGGCUCCUGCCCGCGGACCAACUCCCUCGACGACUUGUACGCGCCCGAUGCCCCCGGCCAGGCCGCCCCCACCGGCCGCCGGACUCUGGGCCGCCGCACCCCGGACCGCACGAGCCGCAGGAUGGCCGGGGGGGACUGUCCGCAGUUCAGCGCCUCCAACACCCUGCCUUGCCGCAAGUCCCACUGCUUGUCCGAGGGCACGGUCCAGCUCCCCUUCGGCCAUGGCUGGACCAUGCAGGGCCGCAGGUCCAAGACAGCACAGGACGUGAACGCGGGCGAAGGCGGCGAGCCGUCCACGGACAGCGGAAUCGAGGCCACGGCCACCGACUCGGAGCUCCCGACCUGCCUGUCCCCGGCCCCCCGCGCCGGCUACUCUCCCCCGGCCGGCCGGGCCCCGGCCGGCAGCGACAGCGGCAGCAGCUCCGCGGGGGACGCCGCCCGCCAGGGCGUGUACGAGAACUUCCGGCGGGAGCUGCAGCUGAGCGUGGCCGCGGACGGGGACGGCGGCGGCGGGGGCCUGGAGGAGGCCGGUUCGGCCCACAGCGACGAGCAGAGCAGCGACACGCUGAGCUCCCCGGCCCGCUCUGACAUCCUGUCGGGCGGCAGCGGGGCCGCGGCGGGGCAGGGCACCGUGCGCAAGGCCGGGGCGCUCGCCGUCAAGAACUUCUUGGUACACAAGAAGAGCAAGAAGGUGGAGUCGGCCACCCGCAGGAAGUGGAAGCAGUACUGGGUGUCCCUGAAAGGCUGCACUCUGUUCUUCUACGAGAGCGACGGCCGGUCUGGGAUCGACCCCACCAGUGCCCCCAAGCACGCCGUGUGGGUGGAGAACAGCAUCGUACAGGCCGUGCCCGAGCACCCCAAGAAAGACUUUGUCUUCUGCCUCAGCAACUCCCUGGGGGACGCCUUCCUGUUCCAGACGUCCAGCCAGACGGAGCUGGAGAACUGGGUCACGGCGAUCCACUCGGCCUGCGCAGCCGCCGUGGCCCGGCAGCACCACAAGGAGGACACCCUGCGGCUCCUCAGGUCCGAGAUCAAGAAGCUGGAGCAGAAGAUCGACAUGGACGAGAAGAUGAAGAAAAUGGGGGAGAUGCAGGUCUCCUCCGUGACCGACUCCAAGAAGAAAAAAACCAUUCUGGAUCAGAUCCUGGUGUGGGAGCAGAACCUCGAGCAGUUCCAAAUGGACCUCUUCCGCUUCCGUUGCUACCUGGCCAGCCUGCAGGGCGGGGAGCUGCCCAACCCCAAGAGACUUCUGGCCUUCGCCGGUCGGACCACCAAGGUCGCGAUGGGGCGGCUGGGGAUCUUCUCCGUCUCGUCCUUCCAUGCCUUGGUGGCGGCGCGGACAGGCGAGGCUGGUGUCCGGCGACGCACUCAGGCCAUGUCCAGAUCAGCAAGCAAGCGACGAAGCAGGUUUUCUUCCCUGUGGGGUCUGGACACCACCUCUAAGAAGAAGCAGCCCCGGCCAAGCAUCAACGAGGUGUUCGGCGAGGGCAUGGACCCCACGGGAAAGUCUCUGGAAGGAUUGUUUAUUGAUGACACCCCUGAGGGCCAGCGGGAGCCCGAAGCCGAGCUCGAGAGCGCUGCCCCGCACAAUCCGGACUGCGACAUUUGGGUCCAUGAGUAUUUCAGCCCCUCCUGGUAUUGCCUGCCCAGCAAUCAGGUGGCUCUGACCGUUGUCCGGCCUGGGGACACCGCCAUGGACAUGCUGGACUUAAUCUGCAAGGCCCAUCUGCUGGACCCAUCGGCCCACUACCUGCAGCUCGUGUUCCUGACUGAGGGCCAGCCGCACCGCUACAUACCCGACCCAGAGGAGGACAUCUAUGAACUGCUGUACAAGGAAAUUGAGAUUUGUCCCAAGAUCACCCGGAGCCUCCAACUCGAGAAGUCGGAUUCGUCUGCUGAUAAUUACGGCUUCUCGCUGGCCGCCAUGGAGGAGGACGGGAGCCGCCGGCUCUAUGUGACCAGCGUGAAGGACACGGGCCUGGCUGCUGACAAAGGUGUGCGAGCCGGAGACGAGAUCCUGGAGGUCAACCGACGAGCGGCCCCAACACUGACCCCGCCGCUGCUCAAGGACUUUCUCUCGCAACCGCUGCUGAGCCUGACGGUGCGGGGCCGCCCGGGGCCCGGGGCCGGGCCGGGGCCGGGAGACCCCCCGCCCCACCGUGGGGACGGCCCGGCGGAGUGCAGCCAGAGCCCCCCCAGGGGCCUCCUCGGCGGCGCUCCAGACCCCGGCCUGUGCUGCGAGCGGGGCGGCAGCGGCUCAGAGACGCCAGUCGACCACAGUCCCGACACCCCGGACACCGCCGGGUCUGGCGGAGAGGCUGACCCAGCAGGCCAGGAAACCCCGGGACCCCCGCCUGCCGCCGCGCGACAGCUCUCGGAUGCCGACAAACUGCGCAAGGUCAUCUGCGAGGUCCUGGAGACCGAGCGCACUUACGUCACGGACUUGAACUGCCUCAUGGACAGGUACCUGAAACCGCUUCAGAAAGAAACGUUUCUCACCCCUGAUGAGCUGGACGUCCUCUUUGGGAAUUUGGUGGAAAUGGUGGAUUUCCAGGUGGAAUUUCUCAAAACCCUGGAGGACGGGGUGAGGCUGGUGCCCAACCUGGAUCAGCUCGAGAGGGUCGACCAGUUCAAGAAGGUGCUGUUCUCUCUGGGAGGCUCCUUUCUCUAUUAUGCUGACCGCUUCAAGCUCUACAGUGCCUUCUGCGCCAGCCACACAAAGGUCCCCAAAGUCCUGGUCAAAGCCAAGUCGGACGCAGCUUUCAAGGCGUUCCUGGAUGCCCAAAACCCCAGGCAGCAGCAACACUCUUCCACCUUGGAGUCGUACCUCAUCAAGCCCAUCCAGAGGGUCCUCAAAUAUCCGCUGCUACUGCGCGAGCUGUUUGCCUUGACCGACGCCGACAGCGAGGAACACUACCACCUGGACGUGGCCAUCAAAACCAUGAACAAGGUGGCGAGCCACAUCAACGAGAUGCAGAAACUCCACGAGGAAUUUGGGGCCGUGUUCGACCAGCUGAUCGCCGAGCAGACGGGCGAGAAGAAGGAGGUGGCCGACCUGUCGAUGGGCGAUCUGCUCUUACACACGGCUGCUGUCUGGAUCAACCCCCCUGCCUCCCUCGGGAAGUGGAAGAAGGAGCCGGAGCUGGCGGCGUUUGUGUUCAAAACGGCCGUGGUCCUCGUGUACAAGGAUGGUGCCAAGCAGAAGAAGAAACUGGGAGGGUCCCACCGGCUGUCCAUAUACGAAGAUUGGGACCCAUUCCGCUUCCGGCAUAUGGUUCCCACUGAUGCGCUGCAGAUCCGAGCCUUGGCCACCACAGAUGCCGACACGAGUUCUGUGUGUGAGAUAGUCCACGUGAAGUCUGAGUCGGAGGGGCGGCCCGAGAGAGCUUUUCACCUAUGCUGCAGCUCCCCAGAGAGCAAGAAAGAGUUCCUGAAGGCUGUUCGCUCCGCUCUGCGUGACCAGCAGCGGCGCCAGCUGCUCCAGACCGAGAGCCUGCCGGCCGCCCAACUCUACAUGCCAUUCGGCGGGAAGAGGCUCAGUGCCCUCAAAGGGGCCCGGCCGGCCAUGAGCAGGGCAGUGUCUGCCCCCAGCAAGUCCCUGGUGAGGAGACGUCGCCGGCUGGCCCGGAACCGGUUCACCAUCGACGCCGAUGACGUGGCCGCCGACAGCCCAGACCGGGAGCCCCGGCCCCCGCCCGCCGCGGCCAGCCGUGACACCGACCGCUGGGUGGAAGAGCAGCUGGACCUGGCCGAGCAGCUGGAUGACCAGCUGGGCCUCAAAGAGACGGACAUUCUCAGCGACGAGGAUGACAGCGGCCAGGCCGGGGGGGACGGGGAGCCGCAGGACCGGUCGCGGGCUUCCUCCAUCACGGCUGGAGGACCGCGGGGGCAGGGGGCCGCGACCGGCCACGCGGCCCGCCUGGCACAGCUGAGGAAGCAGGCCGCUCUGUCGGGGCCCGCCGUGGGCCCGGAGGAGCCCAGGGAAGAGGCCGUCUGGGUUCGGCGCCAAGAUUUUGUUCCCUCCAGGAAGCUGAACACUGAGAUCUAAGGCCGCCUCACCCCGUCCACCCUCCCUGUCUCCCUUCCGCCCUCCUGUCCUCCUCCCCGGGCCUUCCGUGGAUAAUGCUCGCCCCACCCGAGGUGGCUCCCCGGGCCCGGCUGACCUCCCCCCACGCGGUCGCGGCCUCCAACGCUCCACACCAACACGUUUCCCAGUUCCGGGCGGAAUAAGCUGAGUCCUGUCUUGUGUCGCUGCAGGGGCAGGGGGUAUUUAUUUCAGAAUCCGGGCUGGAGGCCCCGGGUCGCGGGGAGGGGACGGGAGGGGUGGGUAUUUAUUGUCAGAAUCGAGGCCGGAGGUCACAGGGAUGAGUUACCCUGCUGGUAGCCGGGCCAGGGGGUGGUCCCCCGGUUCCUCGAUGUUCCCAUAGCUGUGAAGUCGUACCCCUGUGCCUGAGCCCUCCCCGGCCAGGGACCCUCAGGGGACCCCAACAGCGUCGGUCCGUCUCAGGGCUGGGGGACAUGGGCCGCGGGCUCGGCCUGGGACUUUCUGUUCCUGUUUUUCGUUCCGGGUCCGGAGCCAGGGCUGAGCCAAUAGCUGUGACUCCUCUUCUCCCUGGCUUGGGUCCCAAGGCCUCGCUGGACAGAGACAUUCCAUAUCCCAGAGGCUCCGGGGUGACCGGGCUUGGGGUUCCUUGGGCCCGAGCCCUGGGAGCGUGUCCACCCUCUAGGAGUCACCUCCCUGGCACUUGGGAGACGGGAGUCCCCUGCCGCCAACUGGGUUUCUCUCAGCGCCGAACAGGGCGGUGGCUAGCAGUCCCUUCACCAGCCCCCUCCUUACCACACACACACUCCUUUCAUGCCAAUUGAACAGGGUAAAAACGCUAAAUCUAGUGUUUUCAUUCGACUUCCAAGUGAAAGCAGGUUAAAGCACUUUGGGUUUUUUUUUACUUUUCUGCCCUUUUCACAGCUUCUCGAGAUUUGAACAGGAAGUUCCCAUCAGGGCUGCUCCCUUUCCCCCGUUUUAUAUCACUAGGAGCCCCGGAGUCGAGGGAUUUAGUUAGAGCCGCCUCUCCAGAGGCCCGAUUGGAUCCCCGGCUGCGAGCCGAGGUGAAGCUGACACAGGUCCGAUCAUCACCGUUAGUGCUCUGGGCCUGCUCGUUUCCCCGCUCCUUUCUACCCUCCCCACCACCCCCACCCUACUCCCUCCCACUCUCCUUUUCCUUUCCUGACUCCUCCUCCUCCUCCUCCUCGCUUCCCCACCUCCUACCUGCCCGGUGUUCUAGGCCCGGACUUGAUCGGCUGACCGUUUGGUUCUGUGGAACUUUUGCUGAUCUGGGGUGACCGUGGAGUCUGACCGUCUGUGGCACAGCUGGGCCCGCUUGGGCCCCUCAGUCUCCCCCGGUUCUGGUCCGGAAAAGUCUGGUGCUUGGAGAGAGGCCAUUGUCUCUGUACAUAAUGUCAUGAUAUGUCUAUGUCAAAGGUUCUUAUAUAUUUCUUUUAUAAGCUGAAAGAAGGUCUAUUUUUAUGUUUUUUGGUCUAUGAUUGGAGCGUUGUAAAUGCCUGUCCGACAAUAAAACUCAAAAACGGC